AGUUCUUACUCCUAGAUGGUGCCAACGUCUGUUAUGGAGCCUAUCUAUUUGUGGGGGUGUCAGUUUGUGUGGAACAAUAUACUUCGGGUUUCAAGACUGUUGUGUUAUAUAAUUACUCCUUCACUGAAGGGAAUUGUAAAUAUCGUUAAGGAAUCUGUGAAGAGUAUUGUUCCAGCUUGGCUUCAGAGAUAUUUCAGGCAAAGCGAAGAGGAAUCCCCAAGUGAACAAAGGAGCUUAGAGGAGAAUGUAAACUAUCAUCCUGCCUUUGAAGAUGAUGAUGCUGACAAUACCCUUGAGAUUGAUGGACGAAUUACUCCCGAGCCAACAAGAAUUACUUUAGAUGAGCCCUCAACAAGUAGAUCUGGUUUAAGCUUCACAGAUAUUUUAACAAGACCCUCUCUCCACCGGAGUCAUCUUAAUUUCAACAUCUUGGAUUCCCCAACUCCACUUUGUCAACCCUCCACAUCAUCUGCAUUUCCAAUUAGUAAUUCUGGACUUUCACUUGGGAAAGAAAUGAAAGAUUCUACCUCUCAGCAUGAUGAUGACAACAUCUCAACUACAAGUGGCUUUUCUUCGAGGGCAUCUGAUAAAGAUAUAACAGUUUCAAAAGUUGCUUCAGUACCACCUCUUUGGUCCUCGGAGAGUGAAAGACUUGUCUCCCUUUCUCAGCAUUCAGCCACCAGCUCUAAAAAGCCUGGCUUUAAUCUGUCUGCUUUUGGAGCACUUUCCCCUUCACUUGGUAAUGCAUCAGCUUUUAAGACAAGCCAGCUUGGGAAUUCUCCAUUUUAUCCUGGAAAAACCAUGUAUGGUGGUGCAGCUGCAGCAGCAAGGCAGUCUAAAGCACGGAUUACUCCUUAUCAGACACCAGUAAGAAGGCAGAUGAAAGCCAAGCAAGUGAAUGCACAAUCUUACGGAGUGACAAGUUCUACUGCACGGCGCAUCCUGCAGUCUCUGGAGAAGAUGUCAAGCCCAAUAGCGGAUGCUAAAAGAAUCCCAUCUUCUUCAUUUUCAUCUCCUGCGGAAAGAAGUAUGCAGAAUAUCACUGACUUCCAUUCACCAAGGAAAAGGGCUGAAUCCCAUUAUCCUCCAGUCCAGAAGCUUGUGACUCCGAAGACCGUUCCACUGUCAAUGAGUCGUUCACAAUAUUUUAAACCAUCUCUUCCAUCUGCUACCGAAUCAGGCAAGAUUCGACAGAGAAUAGAGAUGAACCAUAAGGGAGUACAAGAGAAAAAUCUCGCAGCAGAGCAGAAGAUAGAAUCACCAGAAAGCAGCGUCACAAACCCCAGGUUCAGUUCCUCUGCAACCAAUGGGCUUCCUCCUUCAGUAGGAGUUGGUGGCGGCAAAAUGAGAAGGGAAAGAGGUGUCCACUAUGUAUCAAAACCUGCACAAGAGGAGGAAAUUGAUAUGCCAGUGCUACCAGAAAUAUCUUUGCCCAUCAGUACGUCAUCUUUGCCAAACUUCAGCUUUGGCCUGCUUGCUAGCAGUACUACUGUCUCAUCUACGCCUGUCAGUUCUGCACAAUCAGUGGCUAAAAAGGUGCAACCAGCCAGUAAUGCUAGCAGUCCUGUGUACAGAUUUUCAUCUCCAAUUGUAAAAUCGACAGAAGCAGAAGUGCUGCCAUCAGUGUCUGCUGGUGCAUUCAAAUUUAGUGUUCCUGUUGCAAAAUCAUCUGAUCCUUCAAGACCAAAGGAUACCGCAGUAUUGCCUCAGAGUAAUGCAGCGGUCAAUAGCAUCAGCAGUAAGAGAGAUCAUGAGUAUGAUGGUCCCUUUAAGCCUGCAAAAGUCCUGAAAGAAGGAAGUGUGCUGGAUAUUUUAAAGAGUCCUGGCUUUGCAUCUUCAACCACAUACUCAUCUGCAGCUGCGCCACCUGUUACAGCAAGCACAGUAGUUUAUACAAGGCCUGCAAUAAGUACUUUCUCCGGAACUGUUUCAGGACUUGGAGAUGCUUUGAAACAAGGGUCAGCCCAUUGGCAGUGCGAUACGUGUCUUGUGCAAAACAAGCUGGCAGAUAACAAAUGUGUAGCCUGCCAAGCCGCUAAAGUGCCGAUGUCAGAUGGUACUAAGCAGACUGGUACUCAGUUUAACUCAGCCUUGAAAGCAGCUCAUUCUACAAAGGGGACACAGGGCUUUGGAGACAAGUUUAAGGCAGCAGCUGGAACUUGGGACUGUGAUACUUGCUUGGUCCAGAACAAACCGGAGGCUACAAAAUGCGUGGCAUGUGAGACACCAAAACCUGGGACAGGAGUAAAACCAGCCUUUGUGUUUCCUGCAGUCACAGACAAUGUAACAACAGUGACUUCCUCUUCUGGCUCUACUGAUCUCACAGUCAGCUUUGGAUUUGGAGACAAAUUCAAGAAGCCAAAAGAUGCUUGGGAAUGUUCUGUGUGCUUAGUGUCAAAUAAGGCAGAGGAUAGCAAAUGUGUUGCCUGUCAGUCGGACAAACCAGGAAGUUCAGUGCCUGUGGUGAGUAGCAGUGCUUCCUCUUUACCUGCUCUUUCUGGAGGAUUUCUAGGCUUAGACAAAUUCAAGAAGCCGGAGGGAAGCUGGGACUGCGAAACAUGCUUAGUCCAAAACAAAGCAGAUGCCACAAAGUGUGUUGCUUGUGAGAGUUCAAAACCAGGCAGCAAGACUGAACUCAAAGGUUUUGGAACUGCUGCUGCUUCUACAGUCCCAUCUACUACUUCCUUCAAAUUUGGUAUUCAGUCAUCACCGUCAGAGCUGCCUCAGACACUGGGAAAUGCAGAAAAGAGUUUCAAAUUUGGAGAGCAAACAGGAUUCAAAUUUGGUAUUACAUCAGAGCUGGGAUCAUCAACAAACACAGUGACUGGAGGCUUUAAAUUCUCGAAAACAGAAGGGUCCAAACUGGGAAGCUUUCCUUUGGAAUCUGAAUCUGAGGACAAUGUGAAAGAUGGCAAGAGCAAUAGUAGUUUCAACUUUGGACUUCCCUCUGGGGCUAAAAGUACGCCUUCCACAUCAUUUCAGUUUGGAAUAGCUAACCUUGGACAGCAAGAGAAGAAAGAGGGACUUAGCAAGCCUGCUGGAGGAGGCUUUACUUUCGGCACAGGUUCCACAGCCUCUGCAGCUGCACCUGAGAGUAAAACUGGAAUAAGCGGUUUCAAAUUUGGUAAUACAGAGGAAAAGGAAACUUCAGUCACUCCCUUCUCCUUUAAGAAAGUGGAGGAGAAAAAAGAUGAAAACCCUUCAACAAAAGGUGGCUUUACUUUUGGUAAUGUAGAAUCCAUGCCCACCCCGCAGCUUGUUUUGGGAAGGACAGAUGAAAAACCGGACACUGUUGCCCCUUCCUAUCCAUCAGUGUUUGGAAAGAAAGCAGAAAAUGAAGAAUCAAAGGCACAACCCAUGUUUCCAUUUGCGAAGGCAGAGCAAACCAAAGAUGACAGCACAGCAAAAUCUGGAUUUAGUUUCAGCCUAGCAAAACCAGCAGAGAAAGAAACUGAACAACAAGCAAAGCCUGCUUUUAUGUUUGGAGCACAAGCAAGCACUGCAGAUCCAGGAUCAGCAAAGUCUACAUUCGGCUUCCUGAGCUCUAGUUCCUCCAACACUGCUGUGCAAAGUGUUGCUGCUGCUGGUGGUGCUGGCGGUGGCGGCAGCAGUGGCGUGUUCAGCAGCACCACCUCUUCCUCAAAUCCUGCCCCACCAAGCUUUUUGUUUGGACAGGCCAGCAACACUGUGAGCAGCUCUGCUUUUGGUAAUCCCUCUGACUCCAGUACAACCCAGUCCUUUGGGUUCUCCCAAGAGAGCAAACCACCAACAACCACUUCCAAUACAAGUGCUCCUGCUCCAUUUCUUUUCGGUACAGCAGCCACCACUAACAGUGCAGCCAACACUGGCUUCAGUUUUGCAGCAGCCACCACAACAGCAGGUCCUGCAGGUUCAUCCUCUUCAUUUGUGUUUGGUUCUGGGUCUUCAGCUCCUCCAACUGGUCCUGCAUUUGGUGCCAGUCAAACACCAACAUUUGGUCAAAGUCAAGGCUCCAGCCAGCCCCCUGCUCCAACCUUUGGAUCACUCUCCUCCUCAUUAUUUUCUACUGGUGCUCAGCCAGCGCCUCCAGCUUUUGGCUCUGUGUCAAGCAGUACACAGCCUCCUGUCUUUGGACAACAAGCUACCCAACCACCUAGUUUUGGCUCUAGUACAGCUCCUAAUUCUGGCCCGGUGUUCCAGUUCGGAAGUAGUACUAAUUUCAACUUUACAGGCAACAGCCCAGGAGUAUUUACCUUUGGUGCAGCUUCUGGUGCUCCAGCACAGCCUGCAGGUGGCUCUUCGGGAUUUUCAUUCACCCAGCCUUCAUCAUUUAACCCAGGCAGGAAUAAUGGGAAAAAUAUAUUCUCCACAUCUGGAUCUUCGCAGCCUGUUCGGAAGAUAAAGACAGCUGUUAGACGUAGAAAAUAAAAUAUUAAUGAUUGUUACAGACAGCAGUUUUCUUACCCACAGCUGGUUGCCCUGCAUUGUUCAAUUACUGAAUUGUACCUCAUGCUGGGUUUAGCUGAAGCCAGGUCUGCCUAAACUCUGCUCGCUUUUUCCCCUCCCCAUUUAGGUUUUUUAAAUAAUUAAGAGUUGGUGGCAGGGAGGAUCUUAAGCAAAACUAUUUUAGAAUCCAAGAGUUUUCACUGACUUGGCAUGGUCUGGCUAUAGAUAUAAAUAUAGCCUGCACAGCGAAUGGCUUCAUAUAAUACCUCUGUUUGCACCACUUUGUGCGCUCAUCUGCGUUUACUGACACCUCGAAAUUGUAAUUAUAUCAGAGGGGAGUCUGUAUAGAGUAGAGAAUGUGGAUAAUGAGUGGUUUCUAUGCGGAGUUUGUGCUGAUGUAUGUGUGAAGUGAGCGAGUUGCGUGUAUUGUGCACUAAAAUUUUCUGAUAGAGGAAGAAUGAUUAAAGAAUGGUCCAUGCUAAGGACUAGUUAGAUCAGUAGUACUUCAUUCAAUAAUUAGAUGCUCUUUCUAUUUUCAUUCUUACUCCUUAUCACCUGUCUCGCUUUUUCAAUAUUUUAUUAUGAAACAAAUGUGUAAAUACAAUUCAGUUUCUCAAUGUACUUUGACAUAACAGAUCUGUGAACUUGAAAUUUUAAUUUUGUGUGUUACAGCAAAUUUUUGUUUAGUAUUGUCUCAGAUUUUAUUAUGUAAAUCUCAUUAUUCAAAGUUGCCUAAAUCCAUUAAAGACCUUUAAAAUUGGGAAUUCUUAAAGUGAGUUUAUUGGCUUUUCUGAUCCAUUUUUGUUUGGACCAAAAACCAGUAUUGUACAAAGUGUUAAGUAUAUAUUUUUAUAUUUACGGAAAUGGACUCUGGUGACUUUGGAUAAUAAGGAAAAGUUUAAUAUUAAAGCCAUGUUUAUUACAGUAUAAUUAACAUGUUAAACCAUGGGAUAAAUGCCAUCAAUAAAAAUUAUGGAAAUAUG